UGUGCGCAGAGGAGGCCACAGAGAAGCAGAUCAGUGAUCACAGACCGGUUUACUUCAGCUUCACCAUGCUGGACACGCUCACCUUCCUCCUGGAGAAGCUCUUCCUCCUCGCGCACAUCAAGCUCUCCAGCCUGCUGCCUCCUCUGGGCGUAGAGUGCGCAGAACCGCCGCCCACCAGCAAGCGCUGUGACCGGGAAGACUCACCGCCGCUGCCCGCCUCAGCCUCUCACCGGUUCCAGCGGGGAGACCUGCUGGAGGUUCCCCGGACUCUCUUCACUCACUUUGGCAUCUACCUGGGCGACGACCGGGUGGCGCAUCUCAUCCCGGACAUCCUCCCGGCGCUGACCGCCGACAUCCGCCAGAUCGAGGAGAUGGUGACCAACACACGGCUGCUGGUAGGAGUAAUCGCGAAGCGCGCCAGCGUGCGCGUGGACUCUGUGGAGGACUUCGCGUACGGCGCCGGGAUCCUGCUGAACGCCAUGGACCGCUCGGUGCGCAAGAGCCCUCUGGCCGGGGAGGAGGUGGCGCUGCGGGCGGAGCGGCUGGUGGGCACCGUCGCCUACAGCCUGCUAUGGAACAACUGCGAGCACUUCGUCACCUACUGCCGCUACGGCACCGCGCAGAGCCUGCAGACGGACAAGUUUUGCGAGUGGCUGAAGUUGCUGAUCCGGGACCAGCGAAACGCCAUGCUGACAGCACUGCUAGGGCUCCUUUCCAUGGCUUAUAUGGGAAUAUCCGUCAGCACCGCCCUGCCAGCCUUCCUCAUCCCCUUCACCUUGUGGAUGGCGAGCUAAAAGCCGCCUGGAGCUGCACUUACUGUCAGCGUUCAAGCCUUACCGCUGGUUCAGAGCUCACUGAGCCGCCAUAUUGGAAGACCAACAGUGUGAACGCAGUCUUCUGCAAACAUUUUAACUUUUCAAAAAACUUUUUAAAAUUGUACUUCACCAUCUGGUAGCUUUUUUCUGCUGCACAGAAAGUGAUUUGCUUUUUAUUUUUUCAGUUUUUUGUUUGUCUUUUUUAAAAAGAGGAAAAACUGGAGAUGGGUAGUUAACAGAAUUAGCAACAGGCUCAAAAUUCACCAAAACUCAAAAAUGUUGUGUCUCCAACGCAAUUUGGUUGACUAAUGAUGUCUCAAGGUGAAAGGUUGUGCUGGUAAAGGAACCAAAGAUGACUUAUUUAUUUUUCUAUUGAGACCAUACAUACGGUUCUGAAGGGUUUAUUGACUUGAAAAAAAAAUUAACUCUUUCCAUCUUGACCGUCUUAAAAGUCAGUCGUUUAAUUUCCCUCCGUUUGAAUGUUCCUUUUAGUACUGUAACCAGGUGAAGCUCGUGUGUAAAUGUCUGCAGAUAGUCUACAUGACCUGAUUGUUUCCUAACAGUCACAAGCUUUUGUACAGAAUUAUUUUUUACCUUUGUAACAAUGUGCUGUGUUUUAUAUGUAAAUAAAGGAAAUGGA